AUGGAAGCUCCAACUCGGACUUCCGCAUCGCAGCCUACAACCUUUCUCAACCCUCAUACAGCAGACACAAUAACCCGAACUCCACAUUCACGAAGUUCUUCUAUGAACGAUCCAUUCCUCAGUCCAUCGGCCACGCCUGCACUUGCAAGCUCAGCAUCGAGCAUCACUGAUGUCGAUCUUGAGGUUGCCUUGCGGCCAGACCCAGGGACAGAGGCCGAUUUUGAAGUCAAUAAUAACCCUUUCGCCUUCAGCCCCGGCCAGCUGAACAAGCUGCUAAGCCCAAAGUCUCUCCAAGCUUACGUGGCUCUCGGUGGACUUCGCGGCAUCGAGCGAGGCCUCAGAACCAAUAUCGAAAGCGGAUUGAGCCUCGACGAGACAACUCUGGCUGGCCAGAUUGUUUUCGAUGACGCAACUAGGUAUCCUCAGGAACCAGGGAAGGCACCAAGCUCACAGGAUGCCCAGACUCAUCCUUCGCCAAGCUCUGAUGCGAAUGCUUUCACAGAUCGUGUGCGUGUUUAUUCUAAGAACAUUCUCCCCCCCAAGAAGCCAACUCCCUUAUGGAAAUUGAUGUGGAAUGCCUACAAUGACAAAGUGCUUCUGCUACUCACGGCCGCUGCCGCAAUCUCUCUGGCCCUUGGGCUCUACGAAACAUUUGGUGCAAAACAUGAACCUGGGGCCCCAGCACCUGUGGACUGGGUUGAAGGCCUUGCUAUCUGUGUGGCAAUAAUAAUCGUCGUUGCUGUGGGAUCACUGAAUGACUAUCAAAAGGAAAAGGCAUUCGUCAAGCUCAAUACUCGGAAAGAGGACAGAGAGAUCAAGGUAAUUCGGUCCGGCAAGUCCUCUAUGAUGAAUGUACAUGACAUCCUUGUUGGAGACGUUCUUCACCUAGAACCCGGCGAUCUAGUUCCUGUUGAUGGAAUUUUCAUUCAGGGCCAUGGGUUGAAGUGCGACGAGUCAUCUGCAACUGGGGAGUCGGAUGCUCUAUCGAAGACCGGCGGACUGGAAGUGAUGAGGCUACUUCGCGAAGGCUAUCAUGAUGUCUCAGAGCUCGAUCCCUUCAUCAUUUCUGGUGCGAAGGUCCUCGAAGGUGUUGGGACCUUCGUCUGCACCUCAGUCGGGGUCAAUUCUAGCUUUGGAAAAAUCAUGAUGUCUGUCCGUACGGAGACAGAACCGACACCCCUGCAAAAGAAGCUCGAGGGCCUAGCUACCGCAAUCGCUAAGCUCGGUUCAAGUGCAGCUGGCCUACUCUUCUUUGUACUUCUUUUCCGCUUUGUCGCACAAUUGUCAGGGGACACUAGGACGGGUGCUGAGAAGGCGUCGUCCUUUAUGGACAUCCUAAUCGUUGCGAUCACGAUUAUUGUGGUGGCAGUCCCUGAAGGUCUGCCUUUGGCGGUGACAUUGGCAUUGGCAUUUGCAACCACUCGACUACUCAAAGAAAAUAAUUUGGUGCGAGUCCUGCGGGCUUGUGAGACUAUGGGAAAUGCCACUACGAUCUGUUCUGACAAGACAGGGACCCUAACAACAAACAAGAUGACUGUUGUCGCCGGUACUUUUGGCGACGCCAGCUUCGGCAAGGUUAACGAUGGUAAGAUAAGAAGCACUAUCGAAUUUGCACACGAACUCCCCGACACGACUAGAAAAAUGAUUAUCCAGUCCGUUGCUGUUAAUUCCACGGCAUUUGAAGGAGACGCCACCACUGAUACCACCUUCAUCGGGUCUAAGACUGAGACUGCCUUACUACAAUUUGCCAGGGACUAUUUAGGAAUGGGGAACUUGUCGCAGGAGAGAGCUAACGCCACUGUUGUCCAGCUCAUGCCAUUCGACUCUAGCAAGAAGUGUAUGGGAGCUGUGAUCAAGCUUCCGACUAGUGGCUACCGCUUUCUUGUUAAGGGAGCUUCUGAAAUUCUCUUGAGAGACUCCACCACUAUCACUGAUUUUCAGAGCCAUGACGCAACCGAAAUUUCAGAGACGGCUCGCGAAUCUCUAGAGUCAACUAUUGAAGCCUAUGCGACACAGAGUCUACGAACUAUUGGUCUUGUAUACCGGGACUUCUCUCAGUGGCCUCCUAGCAGUCCCGCCCCUGGAAAUACUAUUGACUUUGGCGCCAUCCUGAAAGAUCUCACCUUCAUUGGCGUUGUUGGUAUUCAAGACCCUGUCAGACCUGGGGUUCCAGAAGCUGUGGCUCUGGCACAGCAUGCUGGUGUCGUCGUCAGAAUGGUAACUGGUGACAACGCCACAACCGCGCAGGCCAUUGCAACUGAAUGUGGCAUUUUCUCUGAUGGCGUUAUUAUGGAAGGACCUGCUUUCCGCAUGCUAUCUGACGCACAGAUGGAAGCUCAAUUGCCUAGACUUCAAGUUCUCGCAAGGUCCUCGCCCGAGGAUAAGCGAGUACUUGUUGCUAAACUUAAGGCUAUGGGAGAAACUGUGGCAGUUACUGGUGACGGAACUAAUGAUGCGCCAGCUCUUAAAACCGCCGAUGUGGGCUUCUCUAUGGGCAUCUCUGGUACCGAGGUGGCUAAAGAGGCAUCUUCCAUUGUUCUAAUGGAUGAUAACUUUGCCUCAAUUGUCACAGCCCUCAGAUGGGGCCGUGCUGUGAAUGAUGCGGUCCAAAAGUUCCUUCAGUUCCAAAUCACGGUCAACAUUACAGCAGUGCUACUCGCGUUUAUCUCGGCCGUUUCUAGCUCGAAAAUGCAAUCUGUCCUCACAGCUGUGCAACUAUUGUGGGUCAACUUAAUCAUGGACACAUUCGCUGCUCUAGCAUUGGCCACCGACCCUCCAACACCCAAAAUCCUAGAUCGUCAACCUCAACGGAAAGGAGCGCGACUAAUUACAAUCAAUAUGUGGAAGAUGAUCAUAGGGCAGGCGAUUUUCCAGCUUACAAUUACACUUGUUCUCUAUUUUGCGGGCAGCAAGAUUCUGAAAUACGAUGAAUCGCGACAGUUGGAACUCAACACUAUUAUAUUUAAUACAUUUGUGUGGAUGCAGAUUUUCAACGAGUUCAACAAUCGACGGCUGGACAACAAGUUCAACAUCUUCGAAGGUGUGCACCGCAACAAGUUUUUCAUUUUCAUUAACUGCAUUAUGGUUGGCGCACAAAUCGCCAUUGUUUUUGUCGGUGGAAAGGCAUUCUCCAUUACUCGAAUUGACGGUGUCCAAUGGGCUAUUUGCAUCGUGUUGGCGUUCCUGUCGUUGCCCUGGGCAGUGGUCGUACGUCUCAUCUCCGAUGCAUGGUUCGAGAAGGUGGCCACUUACGUGUGUCGCCCAUUCGCCAUUGUUUACAGAACUCUAUGUCGAGUUUCGUCAAGAGUCGGCUCUUUCAUCAAUCGGAGUUUAAAGAAGAGAUCAACGGAGGGCACACAGAGCCCCGCGCCAGAGAUCACCAUUACCGAAAUCGGUAAGGAGAAAGUCACAGUAACAACGCACGAAGGGGACAUAGAAAAGGGCAGACUUUGA